AUGCCUUCACAACUCUUCCAGCCUGUUAAAGUGGGUAAUAUGACCCUCAACCAUCGCAUCGUCAUGGCACCCUUGACGCGAUACCGAGCCACCCAGAAGACUCGUAUUCCACAUGUAUCUGUAGUCAAGGAAUACUACUCCCAGCGUGCAAGCGACCCCGGAACGCUCCUUAUCUCAGAGGCAGCAUGGAUUGCCCAGAAGGCUGUCGGUAGAGACUACAAUCCUGGCGUGUGGAGUCGAGAACAGCUUGAGGCAUGGAAAGAGAUAACAGACGCCGUCCACGCCAAGGGCAGCUUCAUUUUCUGCCAAAUCUGGUCUCUUGGGCGCGCGGCGGACAUUACCUCACUACGAGAGGAGGAUCCGCCACUUCCGUAUACCGCACCAUCCCCCAUAAGACUGACAGGGAAGGAGGAAACUCCAAGAGAACUCACUGUGGAGGAAAUCCAAGAAUACGUACGAAUGUACGCUCAAGGCGCGUCCAAGGCUGUAUACGAAGGUGGAUUUGAUGGCGUAGAGAUCCACGGUGCGAAUGGGUACCAGAUUGACCAGUUCAUACAGGACGUAUCCAACCAGAGGACGGACGAGUACGGGGGAAGCGUCGAGAACCGAGUCAGGUUCGCGCUGCAGGUAAUAGACGCCGUGGUCGAAGCUGUAGGGGCAGAAAGGACCGGCUUUCGAGUGAGCCCCUGGGCGCCCUUCCAAGGCAACCACAUGCGCAUGGAAGACCCGGUUCCGACGUUCUCUUAUUUGAUGUUAAAGAUCAAACAAAGGCAUCCGGACCUGGCGUACAUCCACGUUGUCGAGCCCAGAAUCAGUGGUCCGUUCACCCGGGACGACGUGUUGCCAAAUGAAUCAAAUGAUUUCAUUCGAGAUAUAUGGGCCCCGAGGCCGCUUAUUUCAGCAGGGGCGUACACCAGAGAGAGCGCUAUGGAUACAGCAGAUACCAAAGGUGAUAUCAUCGCUUUCGGGCGAUACUUCAUUUCCAACCCGGACAUCACAUUGAGGUUGAAGCAUAGAAUCCCUUUAUCCCCCUAUGACAGACUCACUUUCUACAUUCGGGGAGAUGCUAGUGGCAAGGGGUACACUGAUUAUGCUGUUGCCGUGGUAAAUUAG